GCACAGUAACACUCAAAUAAAAACUUAAACCCAAAACGAGUCGUUUCUUCUGUCGACUUCCGAUCCCGGGGGAGGCGUCUCCGCCUCUCUCUUUAAACAGCCCACAGCUGAGUGGGAGUGGUUGAAUUCCUUACUUUUGCCUCACUCUCCAACACUUGCUUCCAAUCCUUUUUCAGCAGCAGGCCAUUCAUGGCUUCCGAUAAAAUUAUAGCUAUCUGCCAGUCUGGCGGCGAGUUCGUCACUGGUAAGGACGGUACCUUGUCAUAUAAUGGUGGUGAUGCUUAUGCAAUUGACAUUGAUCACCAAACUCAACUGACCGAUUUCAAGUCUGAAGUAGCUGAGAUGUUUAAUUGUAGUGCCGAUACAAUGUCUAUUAAAUACUUCCUCCCCGGAAAUAAAAAGACCCUUAUCACUGUCUCUAAAGACAAGGAUUUACAGCGGAUGAUUAAUUUCCUUGGCGAUUCUGCCACCGCUGAUGUCUUCGUCUUCUCCGAGGAAACUGCGGCUAGGAAUGUCUCUAAUAUGCAUGCUAGUCGGUCGAGCAGGACAACUGUGUCCGAAGCCGGAGUUCAUCUGGUUGAUGUUGCUCCAGUUGAUGUUCAUAUUGAUCUUGACCGGGACUUGGAUGUCCCUGAUGAGAGUCCCAUCUCCUGUUUUCCUAUUGCAACCUAUGAUGAGAAGCAUCGUAAGGCGACACUACAGUGGGAAAACGCCAUCACUGGUGUCGACCAAAGGUUUAAAAGUUUUGUUGAGUUUAGAGAAGCUUUGCAUAAGUACUCAAUUGCACAUGGAUUUGUUUAUAGAUAUAAGAAAAAUGACAGUCACCGUGUUACUGUCAAAUGCAAAUCUCAAGGCUGUCCGUGGCGGAUAUAUGCUUCCAGGUUGUCAACUACUCAAUUGAUUUGUAUCAAGAAAAUGAAUGCCGAACAUACAUGUGAAGGAGCUGCCGUGAAAGCUGGCUAUCGGUCUACAAGGGGUUGGGUGGGAAGCAUCAUAAAGGAAAAACUGAAAGUAUCCCCUAAUUAUAGGCCAAAAGAUAUCGCGGAUGACAUCAAAAGGGAGUACGGGAUACAACUGAAUUAUUCUCAGGCGUGGCGUGCAAAAGAGAUCGCAAGAGAGCAACUUCAAGGCUCAUACAAAGAGGCAUAUAAUCAGUUACCCUUUUUUUGUGAGAAAAUAAAGGAAACUAAUCCAGGUAGUGUUGCAACAUUCUCCACAAAGGAAGACUCCAGUUUCCAUCGAUUCUUUGUCUCUUUUCAUGCAUCAAUCACUGGUUAUGAACAGGGUUGCCGGCCUCUCAUUUUCCUUGAUAGUGCUCCGUUAAACUCAAAAUACCAAGGGAUGCUGCUGGCUGCUAUUUCAGUUGAUGGGGAUGAUGGUAUUUUUCCUGUAGCUUUUGCUGUAGUGGAUACUGAAACAGAGGAAAACUGGCAUUGGUUUUUGAUGGAACUGAACUCUGCCAUCUUUCCGACUCGCCAGAUUACAUUUGUUGCAGAUUUUCAGAAUGGUUUAAAGAAAUCAUUGCCCGAGAUAUUUGAUAAAUGCUACCACAGCUAUUGUUUGCGUCAUCUUGCUGAGAAACUAAAUAGAGACUUGAAGGGGCAGUUUUCUCAUGAAGCAAGACGCUUCAUGAUAAAUGAUUUCUAUGCUGCUGCCUAUGCUCCCAGACAUGAGGGAUUCCAGCGUUCUGUAGAGAACAUAAAAGGUAUUUCUCCUGAAGCUUAUAACUGGGUCAUACAAAGUGAACCGGAGCACUGGGCAAAUGCCUUUUUUGAAGGGGCGAGGUAUAACCACAUGACAUCAAACUUUGGGCACCAGUUCUACAGUUGGGUAUCAGAAGCACAUGAAUUGCCAAUAACGCAACUGAUUGAUACAUUAAGAGGAAAAAUGAUGGAAUCAUUUUACAUUCGUCGGGUAGAAUCCGAUCAAUGGACGACAAAAUUAACUCCAACAAAAGAGGAAAAAUUACAAAAGGAGAUGUCAAUAGCAAGUUCUCUUCAGGUGUUGCAUUCUCAUGGUAGUGUAUUUGAGGUUCGUGGUGAAUCUGCUGAUAGUGUGGACAUUGAUCAGUGGGAUUGUAGCUGCAAGGGGUGGCAACAAAGUGGUUUGCCUUGCUGCCAUGCCAUUGCAGUUUUCCAAUGUGUGGACAGAAGUCCAUAUGAUUAUUGCUCUAGAUACUUUACAAGUGAUGCCUACAGAUCCGCAUAUGCCGGAUCAAUUCACCCUGUUCCAAAUGCAGACAGGCCGAUCCAGGUUGGAUCAAGUGAAGUAGAAAUUAUAGUCACUCCUCCACCAACCAAACGCGCACCUGGUAGACCAAAGGUGAGGCAUGCUGAAUCCGUUGACAUAAUUAAGCGUCAACUUCAGUGUAGCAAGUGCAAGGGCCUUGGUCAUAACAAGAAGACUUGCAAAGGUUUCUAGUGCAGAUGAUAGGGCAUUGUAAAUAGAAAAAGUGAUGCAAUUUUGAGGUGAGCAGUAAGAAGAAGAUAACAAAUCGUAUAAUUCGGUUUCGAAAAUUUGGCGAUGAGAAGUGAGGCUAUUUGAUUAAAUAGAUGAGGAUCAAGGAGGGCAGUGCUUUGAAACUUGGAUAGAUUAAUGGUGAAGAAGGAAAUUAGAGGCAGGCAGUAGAGUGAUAACAUGAGUAGUUAGUUAGUUAGUUAGUUGUAUAGUGUGUUGAGGCUUGAGAAUAAUAGUGGAUCUCAAUUCUUUGCAGCUUUGUACACAAACUGGUUUUUAUUUGUUUAAUAAAUUAUCUUUUUACUGUUGA